GAGAACAUUAACAAGGAGGAGGGCACUUCAUGUUCGUUGCGAACGUGCGGAAGCCUGGUGAAGUGCCCGCUGCGCUGGUGAAAUCACGGCAGCACGACGACGAUGGAUCAAAGGCUCUACGCACUGCCAAUACUAUUGGCAGGGAUACUUCAAAUAGACUGCCUCGACUUUCAGUCAAGAUCGUGUAGCAUUAGCGGGCAGGAAUCCAACACGAGUGUAUUUGUGCAAUACAAUGUUUCGUUUUGUCGGAAUGCAUCUGAAGUGGUGUGUACAUCUGAAUAUAGCCAUACUUUGAAUUACACAUUCGUCGAUUCAUCGAAUGAGACCGAUUAUUCAAUACUGCAAUGGGAACGUAAUCUAGAUGAGUUGUGUGAGGGGGAAGAUACAAAUAUGGAAAUAACAAACUGCCAAUCCCUGUGGGGUAUAAUAGGAUUCAACGCAACUUCAGACGCAAUAAAUAUCACCGCACUGGAUACAUGUAAUUUUAGGGUAUUAGUUAUCAAUGUAUACCCAUCGCCUCUACUUGAUUCGGACGAUCCCCCGAGACCACCUAAAACGUCCAGACCGAAGAAUAACAAGAGGAACCAAAAUAGUAGUAAUAAUGAUAAUAGUCGACAUUUUCUAUUCUACUUUCAGUUUAUAGUUAUUCCUAUUGCAAUAGUAUUACUCAUUUUCAUCGUUUACUAUCUCUACAAAAUAGAAUAUGCAAACAAAAAUGUUAAAUUUUAUUGUGUAAGUGAGCAAUUCGAGUCCGCAUAUGAAAUAAACCAAUUAAUAUGAAUACCUUUUAAUUAAUAGAAAACGUGUAAUGGCAAUAGUUAGUAUGUUGCUUUCAUUUAAAUUGAUUAUUUCUUGUAAUUAUUAUUAUUAUUAUUUUUUUUUUAUUAUUAUUAUUAUUAUUAUUAUUAUUAUUAUUUAAAUUAUUAUUAGGCUAUGUAAGGGGAUGAACCAACUCGUUUCUAUUCAUUUGCCCGCCUCACCUUUUUAUCAUUAUGUUUGCUAAUCUUGAGUAGUGAGUCUUAGUAUCCCAAAUUGCAGCUUAAACAAAGCUGGGAGGAUAAAUCUUAAAGUUAGGAGGGUUGACGCGAAACAAAUAGAACAUCUCAAAAAGCUCGAGUCGCGUGCACAAAAUACCACUUUCUUUUUAUUUAUAUUUACUUGCUCAUUACUGUAAGGUUUUAUUAUAUUGUCAAAAUAAGUUUUGAACCUGUACGUGUGUAUUUUCGCCAUCCGCGGGGCAUUGUUCCGAGUCGUUUUGCUACAAGUCAACAAUGCAAAGGGAGACAAUUUGUAACGAUUAAUUAAGAGACAAUUUUAUUAUAUUUAUCAUAGAAGAAAAAAUAAUAAUACAAUUUGUCUUCCUUCAUUCGUUAUAAAAAGUAUUAAUGUGGUUAAUAUUAUGAUUAUUAUAAUCAUCAUCAUGC